ACGUCUGUGCAUUUGUAGCAUUUCCUGAGCUGCAGCCAGCCAUGUCUUUCAACAGAUAAGUUGUACAUACAGCCGCGUUUGUUGACCAUGUAGAAAAGUAGAAUAUUAAAAAUAUGAGCCUUCGCUCGUCUCCUCGUUGAACCGGAAGAGCUUCGGCGGUCAGGGCUCAGUUCAAAGGUCACCUUACGGAGCCAUCGCGUAGGGUUCUGUGUUUGCGUUCGCCUCUGCCUGCUCCUACAUCAUGUCAUCUGUCGAAGAGACCGCAGAGGAGGACACCGUCCCAUCGAUACUCAUCACCAGCAGCGACCCUGCGUUCAAAGAGGAAGAGCUGAUCAAACAGAUUCUCAGCACGGAGUGUUUGCCAGAGCCCGUAAAGCGGGAGGAGACGGUGACCUGGUAUCCAUGGACACUAAACAACAAGUACUACACUGCGGAUGUGAGGCUGUGCACAGUGCCCAGCCCCUUCCAGAUGACCGCCGAGAUUGCACAGUCCAUGCAGGCUUUCAUUGCCUAUUUUGACAGCACAGCGAAGGAUGGUUUGGAAAAGCUCUCACCUUGGAUAUCAGUCGUGGAAGAUCUCGGUCCAGAGGUACUUAUUCUGGUGUGCGACAGAGUCUGUGAACAGGGUUUGUAUUGCGUCUCAUCACUUUGUGGUUAUUUGUUUGAAUGGCUCAAUGUGAUGCGGGGCGAUGGUUUGAAACGUGACGUUUUGCUGUGUGUUGCAGGAGUCAGUAGACACGCAGCACAGCAGUGGUGUUUGGCCCAUGCCUUUGAGCUUGUAGAGCUCAACCCUCAAGACUUACCGGAUGAAGACGAUGACUUCCCAGAGUCCACGGGGGUGAAGAGGAUCCUACAGGCUCUGAAUGCCAACGUGUGGUCCAGUGUAGAGAUGAAAGAUGAACACAACCAGGGCUUUGGUCUGAUGAGCAGCCUUGUGGCCAACAGACACAACACCUUCCGCAGUGGAGCAAACCCUCCAUCCUCUAGUUUGCCAGCAGAGGGUGCAAACGAGACUGAGGUGCCUGCGGUGAGAGAAAGUGAGGGCAUCACACCUGCUCGGGUGGAAACAAUAGUUGAUCCAAUGACGCAUCUGGACAUCCAGGAGUUGGCUAAUCUCACCGCCGGAGAUGCAGAUGUGGAGAACUUUGAACGGCUUUUCACCAAGCUCAAAGAAAUGAAAGACAAGGCAUCAUCUUUACCACACGAGCAGAGGAAAGUUCAUGCAGAAAAGGUAGCUAAAGCGUUUUGGAUGGCUAUCGGUGGAGAAGCGGAUGAGGUAGAAGAAUUAUCAUCGGGGGAGGAAAGCUAAACCAUUUCUACCGCUGACCCAAGUUUCCCCUCAUCCUGUAAACUUCCCCUCGCCCCCCCCCAUCAUGUUCCUGCUCUGUAGGACACGUUUUAACACAAGGAGCAGAGGAAAACACGGCACCGUCUCAGCAUAGUAAUAAUACUUGGUCUUUACUUGGGCAGUUUUAUUAUGCAAGGAUAAUAUAAAGUGAAAAUCGGUUGGACUUUGAUGAGGAAUGGGAAAUGUCACGUUUGUUGGUCAAAUGUGGAACAAUUCUGAAUCUGAACUCCUGGUUUUCCUUCCACCCACUGGCUGCCCUGCCCAGUCCCCGGUGAAUACGCAGAGUUAAGUGGGUGGGGAGGCGUUCAAUCAGAGCACGGUUUGUUUUCAAACCCAAGUAUAGAUUGUUGUUUGUGUUUUGGGUGCAAUUGUCAUGUUUUAUUUCUUAGUGACAUGUGCCUUCCUAUCAAAGUUUGUCAGGCAUGUACAUUUUGUUCUGUCAUCUCUUAAUGAUUAAACACAAUUAUUUUAUAACA